AUGAGUAUAACACUUCAGUACCCAAGCAGCGGCGCUGCGCCGCCCAAGAAAACUCGCCAGCGAUAUCGCCAAGGCUCAGACGAUGCCGACGUCUCGCCUUCACGCAGACAACGACCCUCUCCUCCUCAUCCGAACUCUUUCUCCAACCAGCCAUUAUAUUCCGAGCCUCUCGACUACGCUGGGGGGACUUUUCCCAGCCAACCUCAGCACCAGCCGGCCCCGGCCGGAGAUCGCCGACGAGGCCUCCCCAUGGACCCGAAUGUUUCCCAAGCACGGGAGGCCCAAGCGCCCCGGCAGCGACCACCAUCCUACGAGGCGGGCAGCCGCUCUGCAGAGCAAGCAUUGAACCGGAAUGCCGAUGCGAAUGUUGAACAAAGACGCCAGCCACCUGUAUCCAACCCACGCACACAACCAGCGGGGGCCAGACCACCCAGCGUCGCAUCCAGGCAGCACCAAGCGGCCGUCCCAAACCCCGGUGCCACUAUUGAGCGGCUCAAGACACCAAGCGUCAUGGAAACCGUUCUUCAACCACUUAGUCGGAAGGUGCAAGAAUAUAACCGGCUUGUGAACGAAGCACAAGACGAGAUCAAGCGUCUGGACGACGAACUUCGUCUGAUUCAAACGCGGCGCGACGAUGCUCAUGCUCGUCUUUUGGAUGCACAAACUCGAUACGAGGAUUGGCAACAACAAUAUGCAAGUGUCGAACGCACGCUGAAGGGAGAACUGCCACCACUGCCACCAUUACAGCACGAGCAGCCAAAGCCGCAAGUCGCAGUAGCUGCUGCUGAACAACUCAAUGAUGACGAUGAAUAUGAUGACGAUGAAGAUCUACGAGAGCGGCCGUGGUCUGCUAGUCACCAAGGGAGCUUUGCGAGUACCAAAUCCAAAUCACGGGUGCGGGAUCGUUUGCGCAAAAGCAUUUUCGGCUCUUGA